AUGGCGAUGUUCCGCAGCCUGGUGGGCUCGGCUCAGCAGCGACAGCCGCCGGGCGGGCCCGCGGGCGGCGAUAGCGCCCUGGAGGCGCAGUACAGCUGCCCCAUCUGCCUGGAAGUCUACCACCGGCCCGUGGCCAUCGGCAGCUGCGGCCACACGUUCUGUGGGGAGUGCCUCCAGCCCUGCCUGCAGGUGCCGUCCCCGCUGUGCCCACUGUGUCGCCUGCCCUUCGACCCCAAGAAGGUGGACAAGGCUGCCCACGUGGAGAAGCAGCUCGCAUCCUACAAGGCGCCCUGCCGAGGCUGCAGUAAGAAGGUGACACUGGCCAAGAUGAGAGUGCACGUGUCCUCCUGCGUGAAGGUCCAGGAGCAGAUGGCCAACUGUCCCAAGUUCGUCCCCGUGGUGCCCACGUCCCAGCCCAUCCCCAGCGCCGUCCCCAACAGGUCCACCUUUGCUUGCCCUUACUGUGGCGCCCGCAAUCUGGACCAGCAGGAGCUGGUGAAGCACUGCGUGGACAACCACCGCAGCGACCCCAACCGCGUGGUGUGCCCCAUCUGCUCGGCCAUGCCCUGGGGUGACCCCAGCUACAAGAGCGCCAACUUCCUGCAACACCUGCUCCACAGGCACAAGUUCUCCUACGACACCUUCGUGGACUACAGCAUCGACGAAGAGGCCGCCUUCCAGGCCGCCCUGGCCCUGUCUCUCUCUGAGAACUGA